ACCACCUGAGUUGUUGGGUGGCUGGGCAAGGCGUGCCCACCAUGUGUUCGACGAUUUGUCCCAAUGAAGCAGCAGGGGUGCGCGCAGUUUGUUUGGUUUGCUUCUCAGAGUCAGACAAUGCCACAUUGCCAUCAUUACUCUCUUCCGGCGUUAAUGCAACAUAGUAAUGGCCUUGAGAACAGUGACGAGGAAGUUAGGGAGUAAACUAUUACCCAGGUUUUCUCCUGCGUCUCUAUUGCAUUCACAUGCCACAAGUUUCGGAUUUAAAGAAGUAAGGGAAGACGAAAAAAGUCGAAUGGUUGGUGAUGUCUUCAGCAAUGUUGCUUCAAACUAUGAUCUAAUGAAUGAUGUAAUGAGUGCAGGAUUACACAGAUUGUGGAAGGACAGGUUAGUUUCCAAACUAAAUCCUUUUCCUGGAAUGAAGCAUCUUGAUGUGGCUGGUGGGACAGGCGAUGUUGCUUUCAGGAUACUAGACUCUAUAAACAGCAUCAGACGGAGAGCUAUGCAAGAUGUUCUUGAAGAUGAUUUGCAAGAAGAGACUAAGGUUUAUGUAUCUGACAUAAACCCUAACAUGUUGAAUGUUGGUAAAAAGCGGGCCUUGGAGAGAGGUCUUGGAGAAGACAAAUCCCUGCUAUGGGUGGAGGGAGAUGCAGAAGCCUUAAGCUUUGGAGAUAAUACAAUGGAUGGUUACACAAUUGCAUUUGGGAUUAGGAAUGUUACACACAUAGAGAAAGUGCUUUCUGAAGCUUAUAGGGUGCUAAAACAUGGAGGAAGGUUCUUGUGUCUUGAACUGAGCCAUGUAGACGUUCCUGUCUUUAAACAAUUCUAUGAUUAUUACUCAUUCUCAAUCAUUCCUGCACUGGGAGAGCUCGUUGCAGGAGAUAGAGAAUCUUAUCAGUACUUGGUAGAGAGUAUCCGCCGUUUCCCCUCACAGGAGACAUUUGCUUCAAUGAUUGCAGAUGCAGGUUUCCAGAAGGUGGAAUAUGAAAAUCUUGUUGGAGGAGUGGUUGCGAUUCAUUCAGGAUUAAAAAUAUAGUAGUGUAGUUAUGAAUUUUAAUCUCAAAAAAUCUCAAAAUUCUGCUUGAACAAUUUUUGGCUUUGAGCUUUUUGUUUGCCUACCUUCCUUCAGAUCAAAUGUAAGAAAUUAAAUAGGUGACCAAAUGAUUUUUUGUCUUGUCCUAUAUAAACAUUCAAUAGAUAAUUUUUUGUAUAUUGUUUCACAA